AUGGCGAGUUCUGGUAGAGGUAACAAUGCGAAAGAUUCCAGCAAAAAGGAUAAGGUCGCGGAUUCCCUCCGAGAUGAAAUGGAGUUGGUAACAGCAGCUUCACUGGAACUUCAAAAGUUAAAAAGACAGCUUCGCCAAACAAGAACAGACUUGAGUACAUCGAAAAUUGCAAGUCGCAAGACCAUUCAACGUCAAUGUAAGGGAAUUGAAAUGCUUGAGAAAGAGAAAGCGGACUGUGAAGCCAAACUCUCUCUCCUUAAAGCUUCUCAAAAACCUCCUCAAGCAGUACACAAACUAAUACAGAAAUAUCAUCAAGCCAAUCAACAACUUGAAAAUAUUCGCCAAGAAUUGCAGUCCGCUAAGACAGAACUUCACGAUAAGGAUAAGAAACGGUUAAACAGGUACAGAUCGCCAGUGACUGAAACCACAAUAAAGCCAACACAGGACAAGCUUGAUCAAGUGAUGCUGCAGUACAACAAAAUAUUGGCAAAAAAUGUACAACUUCGGCUACAGCUAGAAGAAAUGAUGAAGGUGAAAGAAGAAUUCAUCAGAAAUCUAAAACAAUUGCAGAAUGAACGUAGUCAAGUAAGAAUGACGGUAGAUCGACUCUACGAAGAAAACACUGCCCUGUUUUUACAGAGAGAAGAAUUUCGUUUGAAAUUGAACCUCCUACGGGAAAAAUUGGAAACGACACGCAUCCAAGGUCAACGGGAUCUCCGUGAAUACCGUCGAUUGCUGAACAAUGACGAGAAGCUGAAUGUUUUCCUAGAAAUGAAAAACCAAGAACGCCCCUGCAUUGACCUGACUAAUCGCAGUAACGCGCAACAAACAGGCGACGACCAUAUGGCGAUGAAAGUAGUUGAAGAGUGGCGGGAAACUUUGGUUUCUCAAUGUGGCCACUGUAAUUUCACUGAAAUAGUUCAACAAUAUCUGCACAAUUUAGAGCAAGGAUACGUGAUGUACGGUUUGAUUGCUCAAAAGAAUAACGAAAUUGAUCGAUUAGAAGAUGAAAUAAGUGACAUGGAGCAGAGUUUGGAACACCAUCGGUCCAAAAGCCACCAACAAAUGUCUGAACCGAUUUCAUCAAAUUCCAUUUUUGAAAACAGGAAUUCCUCAAACUCAAGAAGCCCUCGUAAGCAAGAGCAGGAAUCAGCUAUCGCCUCUCAAUUCAUCGCAAAGUUCCAAAGCAUUUUGAACACUAUGGAUCUAAAAGUAACGCUAUUAACAGAUCAAGGAAACCCAAUAUUUUUCGAUUUCCCAAAAGUGAUUGAACAGUGUAAUUUAGGAUGUACGUUGCUAGUAGAACGUACUAAUCAACUAGUUGCAAGUGUUACUUCGACUGAUAGCAGCUCAAACAAACAGAGAUCAUGGGAUUACCCUGCUAUUCCUCCACUGGCAACUUCACGUUCGUCAAACUCGUCCGGUUCACGCGAAAGCCCAAAUUAG